CUUUUUCAAUAUGUAAAUUGUAUUCUUCGUAACAUUUGAUUUGUUAGAAAUCGAUUUUGAAUCGGUUUCAUUUCAAGCAGACGCCAAGCAUCUUGUAAUAGCGUGGUCUGUGCUUUGUGAUUGGGAUGAUUGCAGUGUUACUGCUGGAAUGAGCAAUUUUAGCGUCAUGAUGGCGUGCCCUGUUAGCGUCAUGGUUGGCGUGCCCUGUGUUAGCGUCAUGAUUGGCGUGCCCUAUGUUAGCGUCAUGAUUGGCGUGCCCUGUGUUAACACGAUAUGUUUUAUUUAUUCGUGUGCUGUGAUUUCAACUCCAGCAUUGGUCAGAGGAGACUCGCAAGCAGCAAGGAAAGUAGGCUCCUCUUCAUCAGCUAGAAGUUUGACAAAGGAGUCCACAGGGAGAUUACUUGGUAUUUGGCGGAAGUUAUGCGAUGAUACCGGCAAAAUUCCUUUUCUUGGUCCCGUCAACAGGUAAUAAUGGUGGUCUCUACAGAAAAGAUGAUGUGUAUAGGUCUACUUGGUUAUCUAUAACUAGUCACAAAAAGUAACAUUGCAUAAUGAUGAAUAAAAGAAAUAGUACUGUU